AUGGCUUUGAGCAGUCCGCUGAACCAGAGCCAAAACAUCCGUGCUUCGCGGUGGCGGAAGUUGCGUGCGGUUACGAAAUUCGUUGUACAGCAGCAACACGCGCCGGCGGCAGCCUCUGCGGGCGAUGCUGAUGAUCAGAAAACGGACGGUCGGAGGAGUCUGACGCAUACACAAUCACAAGUGGCAGAACAUGGAGAAGACGCGGAAGCGGAAGCGUCACAGAGUCAGGAUGCUUACCACGACGUUGCGGAUGUUGAGGAGCCGCGGUCGCACCAUUUACCUGUUACAAAAGUCGCAUCCUUCCCGAGGACCCCCGCGGGAACAAAUGUAAACCAAUCCAACAACGCAGGAGCUGCAGGACCACGAGGUGGAGCGAAUGGCAAUGACGUUGAACAACCUGGAUUGGUAGAACAAACUCGUGGCACCUUCUCUCCGAAUCUGUAUGGUCCUGCUUUUGGACUGCGCAAAACUACCUCAUCGUUGGCCAACACAAAAAGUACCAGGAAUAAUUACAACACGGCGACAGCAGCACCAGUUGUUUCUUCUCCACCUCCGGAAGAAAGCAUAAGCAGAGGUCCUCGCACAGGUAACGAUGAUUCAUCAGCGACAGGCUCGAAUGUGAGGAGUCUCACUACGGGGAUCUUUUUCUCCCCAAAUAGACAGGCGGGAACUGCAGCUGCAUCUCCUGCGCGGCCAUCAAGUGCGAUGAAAGCGGGGGCCGCGUCAACUUCAUCUCCACAUAAUGUUCCCGAGACCACACCACUUGCGAACAAGAGCAAGAUCGGAAAAACUACCUCUCUUGGCGGGGGCCAGAUCAGGAAAGCUGUUGCCACGGCAACUUCUGCGAGCGGGCGGAGCCUUGAUGGUGUCAGCAUCGCAACCGCAGGAACAUCGAAUAAACUGCCGCUUGCCACGGCUACAACCAGGACAACAACCCUCGCAGACGUGAUCAAGUUGAAGCAUGCUUCGAACGAGCAAGAAGCCAAAACUUCGUCGCGUAAGACGGAAGGAGGGUCUUUUUGUUCGGUGGAAGAUAGCAAAAUCUUCGCUACUUCUGGAGUAGAAGGGGAUGCUCGUGGUGGUGGUGGUGGUGUCUCCUCCACAAACAACACGGGCCACCACGAUAUCCUAAACGGCGACGGCGUAAACGUAGUGGAUGCAUCUUCCUUCGCUGUGGGGGACUUCAUCCGCAGUAGCGUUGAUCAGCUGAUAAGCCUGCGGCGGGGAAGCGGGCUCAACCGGACUUUGAACUAUCCGACGGCGCCAAGGCGAAGCAAUUCCCCAUCGGGAGAUAGCUUGUAAAAAGCUGGUAAAUGAUGAAGAUCGCGUUGUAAAAUUAUUGAGAGCUCUAGUACUACAACCGUAUGACGAUGUCGAAGACGAAGAUGAAGAUGAGGAAUCUUCUGUAGCUGCACUUGAUGAAAUUGAAAAGGAAACUUCGAGACACUCCUGCCCAGCUGAUGCUACGGCGGAAAGUGCAAAACUUUUCUCUCAAAAGCACAAUCGGGGCCUAGAGGUGAAUAAAGCUACAAAAUGAAGUACCAGAACCUGAUCGGCC